AUGGCCCCCAAAACUGUGUCCCGAGUCAGAGAGCUGCCGCCAAAGUCGUGCUUUCGUGGUGAAACAGUCUACCUCCUUGUUGGCAUGGGCUCCGAACAGGAAAUCUUCACCGAAUACAAGAACAUCCUCUGCUUCUACUUCCCUGGCUACUUCCAAGGAGCACUUUCUGGGGCAUUCUCGGAGGCUUCCAUGGACCCGCUAUCGAUGAACGCUAUUGACAUUCGACUCUACGAGACGGUACACUACUUUCUGCAAAGAGGUCAGCUGAGUGAGGAUUCUGAUUUGUCCUGGGAGGAUCUGUUCCGGAUCUGGCUCUUCGGAGAUCAACAUAUCAUUCCUGCCUUGCAGAACGAAGUCAUGGACGUUCUGAUUGCCAAAUUUGAUACUGACCGCAAGGUCCCGGCCAAAUGCAUACCGCUGAUCUAUUCGAACGCUCUGUCAGAGGCACAUCUGCGCACACUCCUGGUGGACUGGACACUGCGUACUGGCUUGCUGUACUACGAGCCAGUGGCGACCGACCUCGUAAACGAGCAGCCGAUGAACCUUUCAGUGUGA